AUGGAGCCUGAAAACAUGGAGGGUGAGAAGGUGAGCGGUUUCAAAGGCAGAGGGGAGCUUAGGGAGGGGGACAAAGUGAGCGGCCUUGGAAAAACGGUCAACAACCAAGACCCUCUGGAUAUCUACUGGCUUGCUCAAUGCCUGUUCCUCACCUCACAGUACCACAGAGCCUCACAUGCCCUUCGCUCACGAAAGCUUGACAAAUUAUAUGGAGCUUGUCAGUAUCUUGCUGCCAGGUGCCAUUACGCUGCCAAAGAGUUCCAGCAGGCCUUGGAUAUCCUGGAUGUAGAGGAGCCAGCUAAUAAGAAACUACUGAACAAAAGUGAAAAGGAGGACAAUGGGACAGAGUCUGCAAAGGACUGGGGCAUGUCCCCUUCCUCUAUCAGUAGCUCCAUCUGCCUUCUGCGGGGGAAGAUCUAUGAUGCCAUGGACAACAGGCCUCUGGCCACCUCCAGCUACAAAGAGGCCUUGAAACUAGACGUGUAUUGCUUUGAAGCCUUUGACCUUUUAACAUCUCACCACAUGCUGACCGCACAAGAAGAAAAAGACUUCCUUGAAUCACUUCCUUUUAGUCAGCAGUGCAGUGAGGAAGAGGAGGAGCUGUUGCACUUCGUUUUUGAAAAUAAAUUAAAAAAGUAUGACAAGCCCAGUGACUUGGUGGUGCCAGAGAUGGUAAAUGGUCUUCAGGACAACUUGGAUGUAGUCGUGUCUCUUGCUGAGAGGCAUUAUUAUAACUGUGAUUUCAAGAUCUGCUACAAACUCACGUCAAUAUGUCACUUACCCAUGCUCUACAUCGGACUUGAGUAUGGUCUAACCAACAACUCCAAGCUGGCAGAACGUUUCUUCAGUCAGGCUCUAAGCAUCGCUCCAGACGACCCAUUUGUCAUACACGAGGUGGCUGUGGUUGCCUUUCAAAAUGGAGACUGGAAAACAGCAGAAAAGUUGUUUCUAGAUGCAAUGGAGAAAAUCAAGGCUAUAGGAAGUGAGGUUACUGUGGACAAGUGGGAGCCCUUGUUAAACAACUUGGGUCACGUGUGUCGAAAACUUAAAAAGUACGAGCGAGCACUGGAGUACCAUCGUCAAGCCCUGGUGUUGAUCCCACAGCAUGCCUCAACUUACUCUGCCAUAGGCUAUGUGCACAGCCUCAUGGGAGACUUUGAAAGUGCUAUUGACUACUUUCAUACAGCUCUUGGACUGAAGAGGGAUGACACUUUCUCUGUGACUAUGCUUGGCCAUUGUAUCGAGAUGUACUUCGGUGACACAGAUGCCUAUAUAGGCACAGAAAUCAAUGACAAGGUGCGAAGCAGCUUGAACACUCCGGCACUGAUGAAGAUGUUGAACACCUCAGAGUCCAGUGAACUCCCAGCAGAGCCGAGGUUGGAAGAGACCAGCAUGGCACCGUUGGAAACUCCAGUAUCCAAUCAGGACAAGAUGAUGCUAGAGACACCUCUCCGGCUCUCAUUAACCCUGGAGUGUAGUGACAUGUAUGAAAGCGAAAUGAUGUUGGACACCUUAUCAGACACCAGCACGUGAUCUCAUCCCGUCAGGAGGUGGAACUGUUGAAGCAGCAGGCUGUCAGAAAUACACAUAUCCAAGCCC